UGCGACUGGCCUGCAGACUUCUCCAACCCUGUGCUCCUUUUUAAAAAAAUUCCUCUCCGCGUUGCGAUGCGCAAAACCCGGGAUCUGCCCGGGUCUCUCCAACGUUGGACGCCGCUUCUCCUGCUUCUCAUCCCGGCACCAUCAGCUCCGGACAGCAGUAGAGGCUCCGGGACGCGUCUGGACUGCAGCACCGGCUGUGAGAGCAUGUCCUGCCGCUUCCAGCCGCAGGAGCAGGACUGCAGCGGCUACAACCUGACGGUGACUGACCACCAGGCACAGCACGGGGACAAGGUGCUGGAUUGCCCCUUUGUGAGUCCGUGUGAGUCCGGAUGGUGCUGCUGCUCGGUUCCGAUCCAGUUCGUCAUGGAGGAGACGUACAGCGCGACCGUCUGGAAACAAGACCAACCUGUGGAGUCCAGAGAGAUCAGUUCCUCCAGCAGCCGUGCGCAGACUUCUGUCGAAGUGAAGCCCCAAACUCCAACGGAUCUGUCGGUGAGGGAAUCCAACGGGAACGUCGAGGUCCAAUGGAGCCAAGAGGAGAGCUGCCACAGUGCCGGGCUAAAGGCCGAGGUGGCCUACCGCAAAAAGGAGGGCGGGCAGGGUCCAACCGUCCAGCGGGUCAGACCGGCGGAGGCGGGCGGCCGGUUUGUGUACGAAAUAUCGGGUCAGGACCUGGAGGCCGGGGCCACCUACGCGGUCAGCGUGAGGACGGGGUCGGAGCUGAGCGAGCGGCUGAGCGACAGCAGCCCGGAGCUGGAGUUCACGGCCCCCCAGGCUGUCGGCGGUCACUCUGCUCCAGUUGCUGCUGCGGUCAGCUUCAGCAUGGCCGCCGUCCUGCUGCCCGCUGCCGCCUUCUUCUGCUACAAGAAGCUGAAAUCCGGGUGGUGCGACCGAUUGGCCAAAUGUCCAGUUCCAGAGCUUCUGGAUUGGGGUCCAGUUGGGCAGGAGCUGCUGCCUCCGUCAGAAGCCGCCGUCUGGCCCGUCACCUUAGUCCCGGCGGUCCCCGGGCAUCCCGAUUACCACCCACCGGGCUCGGAGACCCCCCCGGCCACGGACGAAAUCCGGACCACUCCCGAAUGGCUCCGCUUCGAGAACAUGACCUACUGCGCUCCCCUUCUCCCCGGGGAGAUGUUCUCCUCCUGGGCGGGGGGGGCCGAGGGGGACCAGCAGGUCCCGGCUGGUCUGGUUUCCACGGGGCCAGAAGGCCCGGCCUAUGUGACGGUGGACGUACGGUACCAGGCCUCUGACCCAGAGACCGGGAGGCUUUCUCAAUCAGAGGAUUCCGCUUUGUGUCCAGACCCGUGUGGGACCGGGACCACGCCGGCUCCUAGCUUUACCUCCGGUGGGCGGGGGGGCAGCGAGGGCUCUGGCGCGGAGUCGUGA